GAGUUAGGUAUAUCUCUUAUACGACUUGCAGCGAGCGCAGUAUCUGCAACAACUCCAAAAAAGGUAAAAAGAGCGUGCUUCGCCAAAGCGCUACUUCGUGACAAGGAACCAGUAUAAGCAAGAACAUCUUGACAGCGGAUUCAAUUUAAACUUGCGACCUUUAAAAUGCUUAAGCACUCGCACGCCAUCAAACGUAAGUCUCUGAUUUUGAACAACGAAAAUGACAUCAAGACCAGUGACGUCAGUUUGACAAAAUUUUGUGAAGAGAAAGAUAAAGAAAAAGAAGGAAAGAAAUUCCUCGCUGCCAACAAUCGAUCGCUAAAGUCGAGAAGUAGCGUCCAUCGUAGAUCGAAACGUACCCAGCUCACCAGGACAAAAUCCGGCACCGCUACAGUUCCUGAGGACAGCGGUGAAAACAAAGUUUUCGUGCGGCAAUCCAAGCUAAGAUCAAGUUUACAUCUUGAGAGAAGAGGUCUUUCUACAAUGAAAAAAUUUAUUCAAACUAAAAGUGAGAGAAGGGACAUUGCGGAUUGGACAACAGAGGACGCGUGUGAUUGGUUAAAAUCAAACAGACUCGAUGACGACAUGAGUCUCACUAAGCAGUUCCAGAAUGCCAAGAUAACCGGGAAUGACCUAGCGGAAGCGGAAAUGGCAUGGGAAAACAUGAAUUUGUUGAAGUUUAAGAAUUCCCAUCAUAAACAAGACGUGCUGUUAAAGUUAGCCGAAGUUUUACGCGAAUCAAGUUCAAGAGUUGAAACCAAACCUAAAACAAUGAAACAAAGAUUGACACCUUCGAUUACGCGUUCGACGGAAGCUCUGACGUCAUCAGAUUACGUCAGCGGCUCUUCUUCGUCAUCAACCGCCACUACUCCAUCGUCAUCCUCUGACCAAGAUAGGUUCGGUGACGUUAGCGUGACGUCAUCAGCAACCAGCACUCCCAGCAGAAUGAUGAAGAAACUGAACAACAUCAAGCAAGCGAUGGGAAAGUUAAAAAGUCCCACGUCAGAGGUGACGUCACCUGCAGUAACGUCAUCAGGAUCCCUGCAUUCGAUCAUCGUUUUCUCAGAUUUGUUGGGAAACAACUUGUUUACUGAAACUCAACUCAGAAUAACAGAAACGACAACGACGAUUGAACUUAUUCAAAUGUUCCUCGAUUGCGCUUCGAUCACAGACGACAACAAUUUGUUUGUCAUUCAUGACGUAACAAACCCAAUCAAUGACCCAAAAGAAAAGAAAGAGAGAACUAUGCAGUCACGAAGGCUAUUGGAGCGUGAUGAAUGCCCGCUCGCGAUUUACAAAAGUUACACCGCAUCACCCCGUCCUCGUGUUACAAGAAGACUAGAGAUGACGCAAACUAAAGGAGUCAUGAUCAAGAUCACGUGUCAAAUUGGAAAACACAAACCACGUGGUAAGCAACUCCGAGUCUCGAAGCAGUCUUCAGUUGACCACGUGAUUAAAUUGGCCUUGAGGAAGUUCCGGUUACGAAACGUCGAUUCUUCUUUGUUCGUUCUUUGUGAGCUCACCAUAGAUGGAGCGAUCGUUGAGAUUCAAGAAGGCAAGAGGAGGGAAUGGAAUAAUGGCUCUACAGUGAUACUGAGUGAUAAGACCUCUAUCAGACUACAAAAUGACGGUUCUGACGUACUUCCUGAUUUCUCGCGAUCGCUAUCUGUGACGUCAAACGCCUCCCACGCAUCGAAAAAUAGCAAAGAUUCCGCCACUUCAGAGUCCUGGAAGCACCAUGGUGGCGUCACAAGUCUGAAAUCGAUCGACAGUUGUGACGUCAUGACAAUAAACGACAUCGAUUUUAAAAAAGAUGAUUCAACAGCGAAUGCUGAUUGUUACCUAGUCGAGAAUUCACUUUUACGUGCUCAACUACGAGAAAGGGAGGAACAAACAGAUGAAACUUUUCAGAAGGUGUCGCAAGUGAGACAAAUGUUGGAAGGCGGACUACAAAGUUACAGGGACUCUAACUACCAGCAAGUUGAGGGUGGGAGCUCGGUGGCAAUCGAAGCAGAUAUGAGAGCUACAGAAGAACACAUAAACAACACAGAACAAAUGCUCGGUCAAUUAUUCCGCCAUCAACGACAACUCUUAUCAAAACAAAUGGGUAAUACUCAGGAUUCUGAUGACGUCACAGAUAAAGGUCUUCUUGCUGACGUAGAGCUUCAAAUUGCUGUUCACCAAUCAGACCUACUUAUUUUGAAACAUAAAUACCAGAUGCUGGAUAUGAAGAUGUCCUUGUUUGUCAGUCAUCGCAAAGCUGAGAAGUUCCGGCACAUGAUCAGUGGUAGCUUGUACAACAUCCUAUCUUUCAAGACCAAAGAAAAAUGUCACGCUGUAUUUACUUGUGAGAUUUUUCCUGGUGAUGACGGUUAUCGGAUUUCUAUGAAAGAGGAACGGGAGACAACACGAAACGGUGUGAUUAUUAAAGGCACAGUCAUACAAACUGACGAUGAUAAAGUGGGACUGAUACAAGACGAUAGACUGCUUGAAAUCAACGGGAUAAACGUUCAAACCGCAUCUCUCGAUUUCGUGAACAAACUUCUUAAAGGUUCGAACUCUUGCAAAAUAGUUGCGUUGCGGAAAUUCAACCGAAAAUGCAAUUGUGACAUCCAUAACGGCGAUGGUGACGAUAUUGAUCGCGAGAAGACGUCACAAAAGUCUUCUAACGAAAAGAUGUCGGAUUGGCGGGAGAUGAACGCGCUCAAGCGAGACCUUCAGAUGCUAAUGAGAGAACUGGAAGUGACGUCACAAGCGAAUAAAGAACUGGAACGAGAUCUUGCGCGACAGAAAACAAUAAACAAAGCGCUUCAGCGUGAAAACAAUAGUCUGCAGCAAGAACUGUAGAUACAUUUAUACUUUGCGUUUGUUCCUGUUGUACUUUCGCACUUAACGAUUAAAAUUUUUUAAAUCGA